AUGGUAGAGAUAUAUGCAUCUACGAAUUCAGAAGUUGGGAAAAAAGUGAAUUGGAAUCAUAUUAAUAAGGAUGGACUUUCAAAUAUAGGUGAAUUAGACGCUACAGUUUUGAAGGAAAUAUAUAGCGAGAUUAUUGACUUUGCAAAUAAGCUAGCAGAAUCCAAUAGAAUAAUGGAAGAAUAUAAGGAUGAUGAGGAUAUAUUGGAUGCAAUUGACGAGAACGAAAGAAUAAUUAAACGUAAGAAAGAGAUCAUUGAAUUAAUUGAGAAUAGAUUUAAACAAUUAAAUAGAGAAGACUUAAUAAAUGAAUCAAAACUACAGAUAGAUGACGAAGAGUAUAAAAAGAAUAAAAGUGAUCAAAUAGAAUACUUAUAA